CGGCGGGUCCGGGGCUGCCGGCGGCGGCGGAGCGCGGAGCACAGGCGGGUCCGCACCAUGGGCUGCGGCUGCUGGCGGCUGCUGGGCGUCGUGUGCCCGCUGCUCCUGCACCUCGUCGCGAGCCAGGAGCCCGUCAGCAUGGCGGGGAAGUGUGACACCAUCUACAAGGGCUUCGCCGGCUGCCUCAUCAGCCUGGGGGACAGCAUGGCCCAGAGCGUCCGGCGGCAGCAGGAGGAGGACAGCGAGGAGGCGCAGGAGCUGGACACCAUCUGCAAGGCCUGGGACGACUUCCACGCCUGCGCCAGCGAGGUGCUGUCGAGCUGCCCCGAGGAAGCAGCCGCCAUCUGGGAAUCGCUGCGCCAGGAGUCCCGCAAGAUCCAGUUCCAGGGGAACCUGCAGGAGCUGUGCAGCGCCCGGGGACGCCUGGCCAGCGCUCGCGGCUCGCCAGCCACCAAGACCAACCAGGCCACGCUGCGGGGCUCAGCUACCCCCCCGCAUCCCCGUCUCCUGGCGCUGCUGGCGCUGCCGCUGCUGGUGCCCCGGCUCUAGCGCUGCCCGCCCGCGGGGUGCCCGGCCGAUGCCCUGGGUCGGUCCCCUGGUGCUGGCCAGGCACUGGCACCCACGGUCCCCGCCGUGCCCACCUCCUCCCGGGCAUCCUUUGUGGGGCACGGUCCUCUCCUGGAGCCUUUCAGAUGGAUUUAUAUUUAUAUUAAA